GUCCUAUAUCAAAAGGUAUCAGCACUUUAGUAGAACUGAUGUUCCCUUUACAGAUCAUGUUCCGAAAUGUGAAAGAGAAGGAAAUUUUUCUCCACUUGCUGGAAGAAACGAAUCUAUUUUGUGGGAAAAAAAAUUUGUGGCAAGAUUCGUUCAAUUCUGAAGAUAAUCGAAGAAGAUAUCAUGACGAAAAACAAUGUAGAGAAGUAUGCACAACUUUGCGAAAUUUGUUACCUAAACCCAAGAUGGGUUUACUUUACAUGGUUUCACACAAAAUGGCGAGUAAUAAACUGGAGGCAGAAUUCUACUUUUCGGAACAAAAUGAUGAUGAUAAGUUUAGUAGCAGUAAUCAUAUCGAUGAGGAUGAGCGAAUAAGCUGUCUCGGAACACUUACAAAGUUAGAUCAACGUAUAAUCAUGCCAUCGACAUGCUACUUGAGAACUUUCAUUGUUGGUUCUUGUAAGGGUUUAGUUUGUUAUGCCAGUCACAUCCCUAAAAGGACAUCUGAAAGAAAAGUCUAUAUUUGCAAUCCUGUCACUGGAGAGCAAAUUCAACUUCCGGUUAUUAGCAAAUGGGAUGAAAAUCCUGAUGCAGAGCAGGGGAUUGGAUUCGGUUACCAUCCUUCAAGCAAGGAGUACAAGGUUGUUAGAAUUGUGAGCCGAAUGGUGUACGUGUAUACACUCCGGGGUGGUGUUCUGUCGAAACACAACUUUAGUAUAGGAAACCAAGCCUUGUUCCGCCCUAGUAAUGUUUUACCGUCAGUGGGUGUUUUUGCAAGAGGAGCUCUUCACUGGAUAGAGAGUGUAGAAUCUAUGAUUGUAACUUUUGAUUUGGAAAAUGAGAGGUUUGAGUUGCUCUCAGGAAUACCUUCAGAACUCUGUGAUACUAACCAUGUUGAACUCAUGGAAUUGGGAGGGAAUUUGGGUGUUCUAGAAGUGUUUCCCAGCAAGCAUGUCACGAUAUGGGAGUCGAGUUUUAGGGAGACGCGUCGCAGGUUUGUUUCCACUUGGCGUACGAUUUUUAGACUAGAAUGGGAAGACUACAGCUGGUUUGAGCCAUUCGGGCUCAACAAAGGUUUGUUGUGGUACAAUGUUGUUCUCUCCUGCUAUGACCCUGUAACAAAAACUUUGAAAAAGCUUGAUGAGACUUUGAAGAAACUCAUGGAUGAUUCCAUGCUGACAGAAUAUUCCACCACUCGAGCAACCCGUCACGUCAAUAGCCUUGUUUCGUUGACAGUGGACAUGGAGGAUACAGGUGGAAAGAAAAAACAGCAGAAGGAAAGAGGAAACAAGAAAAGAAGAGCUAUGGCCUGAAAAGAGUCCAUGGGAUCACUCUGGGUGAAAGCUAAAAGGGGCACCAAGAUAUUUAUUAAGAAACUGAAGCCCCAUUUAAAGUUUACUUGUUGUCAUAGUUUACUUCUUUCAGGCCAAGUUAUGAGUAAAAAUGCUUAAAUUGUUUUUCUUUUUGGAAUUUAUGCACUUCAAUUGUGAAUUCAGAUGAAUAAACUCUUGAUUUUAAUUAGAAAUACUGUAAGCUAGC